GCGCUGUCUUUUCCCGUUCGUUUUGUGAAAGCUCCGGCCAUGGUGGCCGUGUUCAGUUCGUUUUUAGCUUUUGUUGCGAGUGAAUCGGUCGUUGGCGCGCGACUCUGUUCAAAUUUGACCUCUCGAAACUGUCGGGCGAUAGAAAAAAGACCGUGUGCCUCGCGAUUUACGCGAACAGAACGGAUUUUCCCUUUUUCUUUUGGUUUUCGUUCCUCGUCUUCAGUUCUCGUUCCAAGUUGAGUUCUUCCCAAAAAGAUUUCAAUUUUGGUUUGCUGAGUUUGCCCGCUAAGCGUGAAGGAUAGCGAAGCCAACACGUCUUGAAGAUACAGAAGUAUCUCGAGGAAAGUUACAGCCAAUCUUCUGAGCCGUGAGUGCGUGAUUCGCUUCAGUUCCCGAGCCGUGCGAGGAAGUUACCUGAAGUAGUGCAAAGACACUUUCCGGAAGUGCGAAACAGCCCAAGAGGCAAUUGUGACGGGAGGACCGGUGCCGGGUAGCAAUCAGCAGCUGAGAAGCGCUGGGAAACCCGGAAACCAGCGGCGCUGGCGCUGUUGAAUUAUUGUCAAUUCUUCGAUGUCAACUUAGUCUCGCGCGAGAUAAGAUAAAUUUGUCUUUCGUUUCCGAUGCCAAUUCUGCGGUUCUGCGAUUUUCUUGAAUGAAACAAAUCCGGGCCAGCGGAGAGUUGUUGUGAGUGUCGCCAGGCAGAGCGGAUAGUGUGAUAGUGACGAAAAUCAGUGACCACGGUGAGACGGGAAAACCCUCGCAAGUUCAGCGAGAAAAGUGCAGAACCGUGCGGGAAACUGAUCGAGUGAAGAACGGUUGGAGGUGUGCGCCCAACAGCGAAAUGCUUCUUGGAUUAACGGCACUGCAGCCAUUGCGAUUGUUUCAUUGAGCCAGUGCGAGUGCCCCAGAAAUCUACUCGAGCGAGGCGUCCCUCCGAGGAACGGUGAAUUGGAUUCCUCUCCUCGGCGCUGCCGUCUUGCAACCAUUGGAGUGAUGAAGAAUUUGGAUAAUCUUUUUCCGAAUCUCAACAACCAAAGCAUUCACAACGCACAAAUUAUAAAACGUCUCAUACUGGAACAACUACAUCCGCAACACUCCAAAGAUAACUAUCGAUAAUAUCCAGGAUUGGUUUGAUGGACGAAACUCCCAAAUUCAUCAGAAAAUUUUAUAUGCAACCCUAGAGAUUAGUCACAAAAGUCUUCCAAAACACUUGUCCCAACUUUGUUCCCGUCUUCCCCAUUCAACCUACUCCUGAUCCCAUCCUACAUAUUUUAAACCCUUUUUUCUUUCCUAGUAAAAUUGACGCGCAUAAUUUCGUGCGCUCGAUUCAAACAUCCUUACAAGGUGGAAGGAAAAAACGGCAAAAUAGUGGAAGUAUUUUUGCUUCUGUGUAAGAAGAUGUUGCGAUCUCCCACACACAUUGUGGGUCAUGGUCCAACAUCAUCGCCCUCAUCCAAUAGCACAACGACAACACAACAUGCGACACAAGGAGCCUUAAAUGGAAGUGCCCGUGGUGGUGGAUCACCAAAUGGAAAUGCUGCAAAUCGAUCCCGGAAUGGUUCAGGAAGUCAAAAUGGACAACAACAGCACCAGACAACAACAACACGAACAUCAUUAUUUGAUUCGUGUCAUCGGAAAAUUCGAUUAAUUGGUGGCGGUCCAGUUGCAUUUCUUGGCGGUCUUGUUGCAAAAGCCCGUCGCAAAGAGCGUGAUGGUGAUCAGAAUCCAGCAGAUACAAAAUUAUAUUUAGAAGAAAGCGUUUUAGAACGUAAACUACCUGAUGCUGAUCUCAGAGACUUAGUUGAUCUUCCAGCUGGUUUAGAUUAUAAUGAAUGGCUAGCAUCUCAUACGUUAGCACUCUUCGAACAUGUAAAUUUAGUUUAUGGUACCAUUAGCGAAUUUUGUACAACAUCCGGUUGUUCAGAUAUGACUGGGCCAGGAAAUAGGACAUAUUUAUGGUUCGACGAAAAGGGUAAAAAAACGAGAGUGGCCGCGCCACAAUAUAUCGAUUACGUAAUGACGUUCACCCAGAAGACGGUCAGUGAUGAGUCAAUAUUUCCGACAAAGUUCGCUAAUGAAUUUCCCAGUUCAUUUGAGAGUAUCGCCCGUAAAAUUCUACGCUUGCAAUUUCAUGUGAUAGCUCAUCUAUAUGCGGCGCAUUUUCGUGAAAUCGCCACCCUAGGUUUACAUACACAUUUAAAUUUAACAUUUGCCCACUUAACCGCCCUACAUCGACGUUUCAAUUUAAUUGAUGAAAAAGAAACGGAUGUGUUACGUGAUCUCGAGAUAGCAUUACGUUUAUCCAAUGAUGACCGAACAACAGCUGCAACGUCAACUACAAUCGCUACUAGUUCAACAUCGACAGAUGGCUCAACAACUACAGCGGGGACUAUGGCAUCAGCGGGAAUAACGGCUAGUAGCUCGAGUUCAGGGAUGACAUGUUCAACAACGCUGGCGUCAUCAGUUUCAACAGCAUCGACAACAACUAGUAGUAAUCAAGGUACCGAUAUAACUGGUAGUAAAAUUCUUGGUAAUAAUACGACCACGACUAGUGAUGACAGCUGUCUGAUACAUCAUCAUCACCAACAGCAAACUUCAUCAACAACAACAACUACAACGUCAUUAUCACCAACACCAACUAGGUUCAUUGAUGGUGACGCGACCGCACGACCCAUCUGCACUCAACCCGAGGCAAUGCGUGGCUUUUGUACUGGAACAGACCUGCGGGACGGUAGCGAGGGGUUUUAUGGAAAUAGCAGUAGCUUCACCAACAAUAACAAUAGCAGCAUCAACCAAACUGGCUUCAACUAUGCAAAAGGCAGCGGCAUGGGGUCAAACGCACCGUCAUCAUCAGCACCUCAGCCUGGCGAGUUGAAUAGUAGUAGCCACAUCGGCAGCGAUUUAUUUGGUUACUCCAAUACUAAUGUUUAUCAUGAUAAUAGUAGCACACACCCCAUUGAAACAACAAAUACUAGUUUGUUACAAAAACAAUGCAAUAGUAAUAGUAGCAGGAGUAGUAAUAAUGCGCAUACUACUGCUGCAUAGUUUUGUUCACUCCUAGUUUUUUAUUAUUAUAAUAAUUAUUAUAAAUAAAUGAAGGAAGAAGCAAAUAAUAAAGAUAAAUCUAUAUAUACAAAAAUAUAUAAUAUAUACAGAAAACAAAUUGAAAAAGAUGAGAGAUAGAUUUAAAAAAUGAGAAAAAAUUGCGAAAACUAAAUGAAAUGAAGUUAGAGAAUGAAAUUAAUAACAAAUAUAUUAUGAGGAGGAGAAUAAUAUAUUUAAGUAUAGCGUAAACACUCUCACACAGACACGCCAAUAUCCUGCUACAUCCACACGAAGCCAACUUAAACAUGGCAAAGAAAAAUCUAAUCUAUACUACACAACUUUCCUUUUCCGAAAUUCACAUUGCAUCAAACUCCACACGAAUCACCAAUGUUUCUCCAUUGCAUAUUGUUGAAAGUUGUUUCUUUGUUUUACUUCUCCCACUUUGUUUCCUAUUAAAAUCACUGAUUUUUUUCUAUUGUUUCCUUCUUGCGUCGUUAUUUCAUUCUUUUAUUUGAUCCAUUGUAAUCCGCAAUUGGAGGUGAUUUUCAUCAAAGUUGUAUGUUCUCCAAUAUUCAAUUAAAUAUUGUAGAAUGACAAACAAUUAUAUGUAAAUUAUCUAUAUAAAUAGACUCAAAAUAGUGAGAACGAGAGAUGUUAUUUAUUGGAAAAAAGAAAAAUGAAUUAAUAUUGUAGAGUAUUUCUGCUGUUUUUAUUGUUAUUUGCGCUCAAUCUUUCAUGUUAUUAGUAUCUAUCCCACCCAAAAAUUGUAUAUAUCCUACGCCGUAAAUGGCGAAAGAAAUCAUAAAUGCCGUUCUAAAGUAUGCUCUGAACUAUUCAAACGCAAUCUAUAUGCUGUCUCUGUCAACGGGAUUUCAGGAAUCAUGUUUUAAAAAAGUUAGAUCUCGUUUGUAGAAAUGAAUCAAUAAUAAUUGAUAAAAUGCUUCAAAUAUUUUGAUAAACGAGAGCUCCUUCAUAAUAAUUCGUGUGAAGGUAGAUUAAGAUCGGAGAAAAUAUUUAAUAUGAAAGAUUUGUCAUAGGAGAUUGAAAACGCAGAAGAAAA